CAGUCACACUCUGCAUCACACGUUACUUUACAGUCACUGGACUGCAGCUCCCGAGCUUCACUCCGGCUGUCUCUCUCUGUGCUUUGACUAUUCGGCCAUUUUUUUGUCACUCCUGUUCUGCAAACUUAUUUUUCUUCAUAUAUUUAUAUAUAUUUUUUUUGCAUCGAGUCUAUUUCCGGACAGUGUAAAAACGGAAACCGAGUGGGGCCAUGGCCUUCCUUGGGAGUGCAGUUCAGCGGAUGGUGUCGGCAGUGCGGAUUCCUCUCUCUCCCUUGUGCCGGACAACCGCUCGGUCCUACAGCUCCGAGCACACCAAAGAAAAAAGCGUUCCCUAUGAAAAGACGCUCAAACAGGAUGGAUCGGUCUCUGGACCCACUAAACCUUUACCUAGGUCAGCGGAUGUUGUGGUGAUCGGAGGAGGCAGUCUGGGCUGUCAGACCAUCUACCACUUGGCUAAAAUGGGGAUUACCAACGCAGUUCUUCUGGAGAGAGACAGACUGACAGCUGGCACCACUUGGCACACUGCAGGCCUGCUGUGGCAGCUCCGUCCAAGUGAUGUUGAGGUAGAGCUCUUGGCCCACACCAGGAACGUGAUCAGCAAAGACCUAGAAGAGGAGACGGGUCUCCACACGGGAUGGAUCCAAAAUGGAGGACUCUUCAUUGCCUCCAACAAGCAGAGACUAGACGAGUACAAGCGCCUCAUGUCGCUGGGUAAAGUUUAUGGCAUCGAGUCCUAUGUCUUGUCACCUGCGGAGACCAAGGACCUGUAUCCUCUGAUGAAUGUUGAUGAUCUGUAUGGAACACUUUAUGUACCAAAAGAUGGCACCAUGGACCCAGCAGGAACCUGCACCACUCUGACUAGAGCUGCCUCCGCCAGGGGAGCCACGGUGAUCGAGAACUGUCCUGUGACUGGUAUCCAAGUGCGGACAGAUGACUUAGGUGUGAAGAAGGUGAAGGCAGUGGAGACCCCUCAUGGGACCAUUGAGACGCCUUGUGUGGUGAACUGUGCAGGUGUGUGGGCCUCCAAGCUGGGGGAAAUGGCCGGCGUCAAGGUGCCUCUUAUCGCGAUGCAUCAUGCCUAUGUCGUGACAGAGAGAAUUGAAGGCAUACAGAACAUGCCAAAUGUCAGGGACCAUGAUGCAUCAGUAUAUCUGCGCCUCCAAGGUGACGCCCUGUCUGUAGGCGGUUAUGAACAGAACCCCAUCUUCUGGGAUGAGGUGUCUGAUAAGUUUGCCUUCAGCCUGUUUGACCUGGACUGGGAUGUAUUCAUGCAACAUAUUGAGGGUGCAGUAAACAGAGUUCCUGGUCUGGAGCAGACUGGCAUCAAGUCCACUGUCUGUGGACCAGAAUCAUUCACAGCAGACCAUAAGCCGCUGAUGGGAGAAGCCCCAGAGGUCAGAGGUUUCUUCUUGGGCUGUGGCUUCAACAGUGCUGGUAUGAUGCUUGGCGGUGGUUGUGGUAGAGAGCUGGCCCAUUGGAUCAUACACGGCCGCCCUGAAAAGGAUAUGUACGGUUACGAUAUCAGACGUUUCCAUAACUCGCUGACAGACAACCAACGCUGGAUCAGAGAGAGGAGCCACGAGUCGUACGCUAAAAACUACUCUGUGGUGUUCCCCUUUGACGAGCCGCUGGCCAGCCGAAACAUGAGGAAGGACCCUUUCCAUCAGGUGCUGACGGAGCAGGGCUGUGUGUUCCAAGAGAGACAUGGCUGGGAAAGACCUGGCUGGUUCAACAAAGAAGCUCCCGCUCCUGUUAAAGACUAUGAUUACUAUGGGGCUUAUGACAUUAAGAGGAACGAGAACUACAAAUACAACGAAUUGCUCGGCAAAGAGUACACCUUCGACUUCCCUCCACAUCAUGACGUGAUUAAGAGCGAGUGCCUCUCAUGCAGACACGGUGUGGCUGUGUUUGACAUGUCCUACUUUGGAAAGUUCUUUCUCACUGGACCAGAUGCCAAGAAGGCGGCUGAUUGGCUGUUCACUGCUGAUGUUAACAAGAAGCCAGGCUCCACUGUGUAUACCUGCAUGCUGAAUAAGAGAGGAGGGGCGGAGGCUGACCUGACGGUGAGCAGACUGGAGACUGGUGCUGCCAACCUGCCCCUGGCACCGGAAUCCAAUGGUGAUGCAUACUACCUGGCCAUUGGAGGCGGUGUAGCCGAACACAACUGGAACCAUAUUAGAACAGUUCUUCAGGACCAAGGCUUCCGCUGCCAGCUGACCGACCACUCCGAGGACAUGGGAAUGAUCAGCAUCCAGGGACCCAAGAGUCGAGAGGUGCUUCAGGAGGUGCUGGACACAGACCUGAGCAACGAAGCUUUCCCCUUCUCCACCCACAAAGUAGUCAACGCAGCAGGGCAUCAGGUGCGAGCUAUGCGUCUGUCAUUUGUCGGGGAGCUUGGCUGGGAGCUGCACAUCCCCAAAGAUGCUUGCCUGCCAGUCUACCAUGCUGUCAUGGCUGCUGGUGCAAAGCACGGCAUCAUCAACUCCGGCUACAGGGCCAUCGACUCUCUCAGCAUAGAGAAAGGGUACAGACAUUGGCACGCUGACCUCCGUCCAGAUGACACACCCUUGGAGGCGGGGCUAGCCUUCACCUGCAAACUGAAAAGUUCAAUCCCGUUCCAGGGACGUGAUAGGCUGGAGAAACAGAAGGAGGAGGGGCUGAGAAGGCGCAUCGUCUGCUUUACCAUUGAUGAGAAAGUACCAAUGUUUGGUCUGGAGGCCAUUUUCCGUAACGGCGUUCCUAUUGGUCACCUGCGGCGUUCCGACUAUGGCUUCUUUAUCGACAAAACUAUCGGUUAUGGAUAUAUCCGCAACCCUGAUGGAGGAGUGGUGAGUGCGGAUUUCAUAAAGAGUGGCGAGUUUACCCUGGAGAGAAUGGGAGUGAUGUACAAGGCCAAGGCCCACCUCAAAUCUCCAUUUGACCCUGAGAAUAAACGCGUCAAGGGCAUCUAUGCUUGAGGAGGACCACACAUGUAAAAACACUCGGAGAAUGAGGCUCAGAGAGGUGCAACUGUUUUUUUGUUUUUGUUUGUUUUUUACAUGAAGCUGUUUUAGUCCAAACCAAUCUGUGAAAUAUUAGGAAUCUCAAAAUUAUAUUAAAAUUAUAUCUGUGAUUUGAUGGAGAAUGGAUGGGGAUGUGAUGGAACUCAUUUUUAAUGUGGCCUUUUAUAGAUGGUCUAAAAUCUGUAUCAAGAUAUGAAAGAGGUGGCGAUUAAAAUCUGAAAUGAG